GGCAAGCUCCACCUAUUGGCUCUACGUGUGAGCACCGCCUGUGACGUAGUUGUGCGCUCAGCUGCAAAUCUGCUGCUCGAGAGCUUAUCAUGCUCUUAACACCCCCGUCACGGUGGCACCGCGGCGGCAGGAACUGAACCCUGUGUCGUCUCUCUCGUGGGACUCCGGAGCGAGGAUGAGGGCCGACGCCGUGCCGACGCCACCCCUGCUGCUGCUGCUGCUGCUGCUGCUGCUGCUGGCGGCGCCGGCUCACGCCUGGACCGGACGGACCUCCGACCCGGACGCCGCCUACGGCAGCGCCGCCCGUUUCCUCAUGGGCCUGAGCCGACCGGCCAACUCCAGCCGCAUCUUCUACGGCGUGAUGUUCGACGCGGGCAGUACGGGCACCCGCAUCCACGUCUACACCUUCAUCCAUCAGGACACAGUGCUGCCUGUGUUGGACAAUGAGAUGUUCCAUUCCAUAAAACCGGGCCUGUCUGCUUAUGCUGACUCUCCAGAAACAGCCGCCCACACGGUGAAGAUGCUGCUGAAGGUGGCCAAGAAGACGGUCCCUCGGCUGGAGUGGAAGCGGACCCCGGUGAUCCUGAGGGCCACGGCCGGCCUCCGGCUCCUGGCCCCGGAGAAAGCCCGGACGCUGCUGGAGCAGGUGGAAGACGUGCUGGAAGACUCUCCCUUCCUGUUGCCCGAUGACGGCGUGGGCAUGAUGGACGGCACCAGUGAAGGAGUGCUGGCCUGGAUCACCAUCAACUUCCUGACAGGUCACCUGUACGCAAACACUCAGAACACCGUGGGAAUCCUGGAUCUUGGGGGAGGAUCCACUCAGAUCACCUUCCUGCCAAAUCUCCGGAAGACCAUUGAAAGCUCCCCCGGUGUGGACUAUGUCGCCCAGUUCGAGGUGUUCAACUCGUCCCACCAGCUGUACAGUCACAGUUACCUGGGGAACGGACUGAUGGCGGGACGACUGGCGACGCUGGGGGCCCUGGGGGCUGAAGGGCUGGAGUGGAGGGUCUUCACCAGCGCCUGUCUGCCCAACCGGUUCAGCGACCAGUGGAGAUUCGGGGGGCUCACUUACCACCUCCGAGGGGCCCACGACGGCAACGCAGGCUACCGGCCGUGCCACCAGGAGGUGCUUAAGGUGGUGCAGGGGGUGGUCCACCAGCCCCCGGAGCUCGGCGACGGCACCGCCUUCUACGCCUUCUCCUACUACUUCGACCGCGCCGUGGACGCCGGCCUCAUCGACGGUGUUCGUGGGGGCACGCUGGAGGUCAGAGACUUCAAGAAGCGCGCUAAGGAGGUGUGCAACAAGAUGGCUGAGGGGGGACCGGGCGUGGCCAGGCCCUUCCUGUGCCUGGACCUGACCUACAUCACCUGCCUGCUGAAGGAGGGCUUCGGCUUCAAGGAGAGCACCGUGCUACAGCUGACCAAGAAGGUUAAACACGCCGAGGCCAGCUGGUCUCUGGGCGCCAUGUUGGACCACUUCUACAACCUGAAGAUACGCUGAGGUGUGUGUGUGUGUGUGUGUGUGUGUGUGUGUGUGUGUGUGUGUGUGCGU